GCCGCCUCACGUGACCGCCCGCCCCGCCGCGCUUCCGGCGGCGGCAAGAUGUCGGCGCUGGGAGCGGUGGAGGCGGCGGGAGCCGGGAUGGGCGGGGGGUCUCUGUUCCGGCCCCUCAACGCCGAGGACGGCGAGCAGCGGCCGGCGGAGAUCGAGUCGCUGUGCAUGAACUGCUUCCGCAACGGGGUGACGCGGCUCCUGCUCACCAGGAUCCCCUUCUUCAAAGAGAUCAUCGUCAGCUCCUUCGCCUGCGACAGCUGCUCCUGGUCCAACACGGAGAUCCAGUCGGCGGGCAGGAUCCAGGAGCAGGGCGUACGCUACACCCUGGCCGUCACCUCUCGUCAGGACAUGAACAGGGAGGUGGUGAAGACCGACUGCGCCACGGCUCGAAUUCCAGAGCUGGACUUUGAGAUCCCCGCUUUCACCCAGAAGGGAGUUCUUACCACCAUCGAAGGCAUAAUUGACCGAGCUGUGGCGGGCCUGGAGCAGGACCAGCCCGUUCGCAGGGCGACGGACGAAGAGGUGGCAAGUAAAAUAGAUGAGUUCAUUGGUAAACUAAAGCAGCUGAAAGAAGUACAUUCCUCCUUCACUUUUAUCAUAGACGAUCCUUCAGGGAACAGCUUUGUGGAGAACCCUCGCGCACCGCAGAAGGACGAUGCGCUGGUGGUCACUCACUACCGGAGGACACCCCAGCAGGCUGCCAUGCUGGGACUGGAGGGAGAGGAGUUGGAUGAGAAGCCAGCUGACUCUGCGGAGGAUCUGAGGAAUGAGGUCCUGCAGUUCAACACCAACUGUCCCGAGUGCAACGCUCCGGCUAACACAAAUAUGAAGUUAGUGCAAAUCCCACACUUCAAGGAAGUGAUUAUCAUGGCCACAAACUGCGACUCCUGUGGGCACAGGACGAACGAGGUGAAGUCCGGAGGAGCCAUCGAACCGCAAGGCACCCGGAUCACCCUUCGGAUUACGGACCCUUCCGACAUGACGAGGGAUAUCCUAAAGUCGGAGACAUGCAGCGUGGAGAUCCCGGAGCUGGAGUUCGAGCUGGGCAUGGGAGCGCUGGGGGGGAAAUUCACCACGCUGGAAGGGCUGCUGAAGGACAUCAGGGAUCUGGUUGAGAGAAACCCCUUCACGCUGGGUGACAGCUCUACGCCCAGCAAAACAGAAAAGCUGCAAGAGUUCAUUGGGAAGCUGCAGGAGAUCAUAGAGGGAAAGACAAAGGCUCACUUCAUCAUGGAUGACCCUGCAGGCAACAGCUAUCUUCAGAAUGUGUACGCCCCGGAGGAGGACCCGGAGCUGAAAGUGGAACGCUACGAGCGUACGUUUGAGCAGAACGAAGACCUGGGCCUGAACGACAUGAAGACGGAGGGCUAUGAGUCGGGGGGUGCCUCGGGCCGGUAGCAGGGGGCCGUUGGACCCCUUCCUCCCCUCCAUGACUCUGGGGACCAGGACUGGUUUGGGGCCGGGCCCUUUGCCCUGGAGCUGGGCUCCCUUGCGCUGGAGCCAGGGCAGCCCCAAGACGUGGGGGGCUCCGCCGGGGGCGUGCUGCUGACGUCCCGCGGCGGGGCCCGAGUUUUUGGGGCUGCGACCCCCAAAUAAAAUGUGUUCAAUUAGAGGUC